ACACACACACACACACACACACACAAACACACACACACCCGACUGCUCCUGCUUCAUUUGGGGAUUUCACCAGCACUUUUACAUCAGGUCUACAAAUAUUUUGGUCUCCAUGGGUGUGCUACAAAGUCACUUGGUGCUGCUGUUUGUUUUUGCUGUGGCCUCGCCAACCACGCUGUCUGACAAGGACUAUGGCGGCAUCCCCCUGUGGAUCAACCGCUUGCUCGGUGAGCCCAGCGUGCUGAGCCUAGAGGGCCGCUUGGACCAAGCCUGGUACCGCGCCAACAACCCUCAGGCGUGUCCUCGGCAGUGUGACUGCCCCAUUCAGUGGCCCACGGCGCUGUACUGCGACCACAGAAGUCUGGCUGCCGUCCCUGGGUUCCUGCCAGCCACAACUCAGUACCUGUUUCUGCAGGGAAACAACAUCUCAUCCUUGUCUUCGCCACAUCUGGCAAACAUCACUGGGCUUCGCUGGCUCAUCCUGGACCACAACCGUUUGAGAAGUGACCAGCUGGACUGGGGUUUCCUGCAAAACCAGACGCUACUGAAUUACUUCUUCGCCAACCGCAACCAGCUGAGCUCGGUGCCCAGCGGUCUGCCAGACGGUCUCAAGCAGCUCAGACUCGCCCACAACAAAAUCAGCAGCAUCGCGCCCGGUGAGCUGAAGAACUUGCAGAACCUGACGGUGCUGCUUUUGCAAGGAAACCGAUUGAAGACCAUCAAAGAAGGAGCGCUCGAUGGUAGUGGACCACUCAUCAUGUCAUGUCUCCUUGGUCUUCACCUGCUGGACCUCGGCGGAAAUUCCUUCUCAGUAGUCCCCAAACAUUUACCGCCCUUGGUGCAGCAGCUCUAUCUGUCCAAUAACUCCCUCUCUGGGGUCCACAAGGACAGUUUGGUGGGGUUGGUGAACCUCAGGCACCUUGGUCUAAGUCACUGUGGCCUGCAGAGCCCCCACAUCCACCCUGAGGCCUUCAACCUCUCCAGCCUGCUGGAACUGGACUUGUCUUACAAUGAGCUUGUGAGCAUACCCACAGUGCCCACCACCCUGCAGCACUUCUAUCUGGAGGCCAAUGACAUUCGAGAGCUCAACUUGACCAGUUUCUGCAGAGAAGUGGGCCCCCCAAGCUACUCAAGGUUGAAGACCCUGCGACUGGACGGCAACAGGAUGUCCUACCGAGAGCUCCCGUCUGACUGGGUCUACUGUCUGAGAGUGAUUGAAAGUAUUCACAUUUGAACACGCGUUGAUAAUAAAACCCAACAUCAUUGUCAUUCUUCAGCAUUUUUCCUGUGGGUUUCCAACUUCAACAGGGUUUUCCUUGGACACCGAGUGUGACAUGCUGUCUCAUUUCUUCAAGUAGUGGUUUAACUGAGCUGGGAGUAUAUAUGACGGACAUUUAAGAAUGGCAAAACUCAGUAGCACGCCCUGGGGAAACACUGACUCACUUGUACUAACGUCCCCGGUUGUAGAGCAGGGAUUUGAAGGUCGUCUACGAAUGUUGACCAGGGACUUGAAGACCGUUAAACACUUAAAGGCCUACUGAAACCCACUACUACCGACCACGCAGUCUGUUAGUUUAUAUAUCAAUGAUGGAAUCUUAACAUUGCAACACAUGCCAAUACGGCCGGGUUAACUUACAAAAAGCAAUUUAAAAUUUCCCGCUAAACUUCCGGUUGAAAACGUCUAUGUAUGAUGACGUAUGCACGUCACGUCAAUCGUUGAACCAGAAGUAUUGGUACACCAUUGAAUCCAAUACAAAAAGCUCUGUUUUCAUUUCAAAAUUCCACAGUAUUCUGGACAUCUGUGUUGGUGAAUCUUUUGCAAUUUGUUUAAUGAACAAUGAAGACUGCAAAGAAGAAAGUUGUAGGUGGGAUCGGUGUAUUAGCGGCUGGCUGCAGCAACACAACCAGGAGGACUUUGACUUGGAUAGCAGACGCGCUAUCCGAUGCUAGCCGCCGACCGCAUCGAUGAUCGUGUGAAGUCCUUCGUCGCGCCGUCGAUCGCUGGAACGCAGGUGAGCACGGGUGUUGAUGAAUAGAUGAGGGCUGGCUGGCGUAGGUGGAUAGCUAAUGUUUUUAGCAUAGCUCU